AUGAUACAUCUAAACAAAUGUCAGAAAAUGCAUCUGAUAUAUCUGAUACCACUUCAAAUUCUGGCGUAUGUCAGAAGUCAAAGACUCGUAAAUCAUUGGAAGAUGAGGAGAUUGAUGAAUUCCUGAAUUUAAAGUGUAAGGAAAGGAAAAGUGAAGAGAUUAUUCAGGCCAUUAAAGAAAAGAAACUUUGGGAUCAAGACUUAUCUUCUAUUAAUCAAGACCAAACUAGAAAAGACAUGUAUAUUUUGAAUCAGAAAUCUCCUAUUGUUCAGAAAAUAGAGCAGGGUAUAAUUCAAGAAGUAAUCUUAUUUAUUCAAAAAGAAAAAAUACUUACCUCAUUAACUAAUACUCCUAAAACUCAAGAUAGCAAUAUAGAAGUAAGUGAAGAUAAAAAUGGAUGUGAGCUAGCUCAAUUAUUUUCUGAUGCUAAAAUUGUAGAAGGAAAAACAAUAAAGGCUAAGCAGAAAGAAAUCAUAUAUUGGUGUACUUAUAGAAAAUUAAGCAAAUCUACGCAAGAAAACGCAAAGAGCUGGAAGCGUUUACAAAUAUUUAAAAAGAUUAUCGAUCCCACAAUUAAAAAAAAAAUUAAAGGUAUAGGUAUUGAUAAAGUUUACAGAAUUUUAUACGGAACAAGAAGUAUAUCAGAAUUAACUGAUACCCAAAUUUUAAAUAUUAUAAAUCGUAUAGCAUCAAUCAUGACCAAAAAUAAGGAAAAUAGUCAUGAUCAAAAUUAUGUGACUACGGAAACCAAGAAAACCUUGUCUGAAACAGAGAAAGUUAUAAUUGCUGUACAGAGUUUGUCAGAAGCUCAGGUAAGAGUAUCAAAUAAAAUCAGUAACUCACCAGUUUAUCCAAAUAAAACCCACCUUUAUCAGCCAGAAGCUGGCUUACGCCAAUAUGCUAUCGAAUAUGAAAUGGAUCCCGAGAAAUUUUCAGUCAUUACUGUAGAUAAAAAAAAAAGAUGA